AAGCUGAUUGGCUGGUUCACAGGAAGUCAGUAGUGCUUUUCCCGUGAUGCUCUCGAUAAACAACUGAGCAGCCAGAGAAUGAAGGCCGGGUUAAACAAAUGCAAAUUGCUCAGUUAAAAUAGCUUCGUUUACAAAUUUGGCGAAAAAGAUGAAAACCGCGGAAAAAGAAGAAAACAGAGAAGAAAGACAUCACGACGAAAUCACAGUGAAAACAGAAGUGGAUCAGGACGAAGAAGAGGAGGAGGAGGAGGAAUACACCAACGGAGAUGAUCUGAACAUUCUGAUAAAGGAGGAACCACACUCACCCGAAAUCUGCGACGAGCACGGCGAAGAUGCGUCCAGCUGCUCCGCCGCUGACAGGAGAGAUGGCCUCCAUCUGCAGGAGGACACCAAACAGGAGUUCGACUCUGAAUAUGCUGCUGUCAAAGAGGAGGAGGAGGAGGAGGAGGAGGAAGAGGAGGAAUCUGACUCCUGGAUUAAAGAGGAAAUACUGAGUGAAAAUGAGGCUGAAGAGGAGGAUUCCAGCAACAUCCAGGAUGAGCUGGAGGAAGAAGAGGAGACCUGUACAGAGUCUUCAUCCGAGUUUUUUCCAUGUCCUCACUGCACUGUCUCCUUCACUGACUUGGACUUCUUGGAGAAACACGUUAAGUGGGUCCAUCAAAAGGAAUACCUUAAUAAUCUCAAAAAAUGCCUCCCAAACCAAACCCUAAACUUCGUGGCCAAACACCCCUGCACCAUUUGCAACACAACCUUUAAAUCUAAAGUACGCCUCAGCAUCCACAUACGCGAGGUCCACCCUUCUGCUCCUCCUCGAAGGCUGCAUCCAUGCCCGACCUGCGCCCGCAGCUUCCAGUACCUGAAGAACCUGAAGAACCACUGUCAGCGCUGGCACAGCAUGUCAGUGGUCACGAGGGGAGGGCAUCUCAGCUGCGCGGACUGUGGGAAGAGCUUUAAAGCUACCUGGGGUCAGGGGCCUCAUUUGUGUCACCAAGCAGAUGCUGCUAAAUCUGAAGAUAAGCCCAUUUGUCUGGAUACCGGCGUGCAGUGCCGAGUUUGCGGGAAGAAGGUGCGGACACCCCAAAGCCUGGUGGACCACAUGCGCACCCACACGGGCGACCGGCCGUUCGCCUGCAAGGACUGUGGGAGGCGGUUCGUGGAGCGCAGCAGCUGGCGGCAGCACAUGAAGAUACACACAGGAGAGAAGCCCUUCAAAUGCGAGGUGUGCGGCAAGGCUUUCGUCCGGUCGCACCACCUCAGGUGCCACCUAACCACGCACUCUGGCAAGAAGGAAUACUCCUGCCCCGAGUGUGGAAAGGAGUUUGGAUUCAAGUCCAGCUUGGACCUUCACGUGAGGACGCAUUCGAGCGAGAAGCCCUUUCACUGCGGCGUGUGUGGAAAGAGCUUCAACACUCGGAGGAACCUGAGGGUUCACGCCAAACUUCACAACAGCGAAAAAGCUCACCAGUGUGGGGACUGCGGGCUGAAGACUGGAGAUCUCGGGGCUUUAAAAAUACACUUGCGGACACACACCGGAGAAAGGCCGUACCACUGCACGGUGUGCGGCAACCGCUUCAUCCGCCUGUCCCACCUGCGGAACCACCAGCGAACCCACACCGGCGAGAGACCGUACAAAUGCGACGAAUGCGACAAGAGCUUCACUCAGUCUGGGGACUUGGUGAAGCACAAAAGGAUCCACUCUGGAGAGAAGCCCUUCGAAUGCCCGGAGUGCCACCGCUGCUACACGUCCUCCGGUGACCUCGGCAAGCACAGGAGAAGCCACACUAACCUGCGUCCCUACACCUGUAAGGAAUGUGGAAAGAGCUUCCGCCUGUCAGGCCAUUUAAAAACACACAUGUUGACGCACACUGGCGAAAAGCCGUACUCCUGCCCUAACUGCCUCCGCAGGUUUGCACGCUCUCACCAUCUCUCCGGACACGUGGCAAAGUGUCGCUGAGUCCUCCGGAGACGGGCAGGAACAAGGAUGAGCUCAAGAACUGUAUCUAACACUAGACUACAACAAAUCUAUGUAAGUAUUAACUAAGCUCUAAUUAUUUAUUAACUUUGUGUAACACUAUUGAUUCAAAAUAUUAAAUUAUGCCCAAACAACCAAUGAUAUCACAUGUAAUCUUUUUCUACUUUUCCCCUAACAUGUAUGUUUGUUUGCAAAACCCUAAUUUCAAUGAAGACUCUAGAAAGUGUUAUGAAGAAGAGUUGAGCAGACGGUUCAUUUCCUUCGUAGCUAAAUUCAGUGUAAAUCAUUAAUAAAUUAUUUCUCAGAUGCA